AUGGCCUUGGCCACCUUCACGCAUGACGAAGCCAGCUUCCUGUACGCCACGCUCAUGUCCGACGAGAUCGACGACACGUUCAGCAGCGCGCAGUUGGAAGCCUCGUUCUUCGACGAAGUGUUGACCUUUACGGACCUCCCGAUGCCCACGUCGCCACGUCUCUUCGAGUCGCCCGUUCUCCUCACGGUCGAGACGCCAUUCAUCUGCCUCGUCGAGGGCUGCGCCGCGUCCAUUCUCUCGCCGCGCGGGUUUUGCCGUGACCACGGCCACGCCAAGCGUUGCGGCUACGCCGGCUGCUCCCGGGGACCGCAGAGCGGCGGUCUCUGUAUCACGCAUGGCGGCGGCCGGCGCUGCUCCAUCGCCGACUGCGUCAAAGCCGUCCAAACCGGCGGCUUGUGCAAGGCCCAUGGUGGUGGCGUGCGUUGCGGUUUCUCGGGCUGCGAAAAGAGCUCCCAGGGCGGUGGCUUCUGCCGCGCCCACGGUGGCGGCAAGCGCUGCACUCAGCGCGGCUGCAACAAGGGCGUCCAGCGCGGGAGCCUUUGCGCCAAGCAUGGUGGGUUUCGCUACUGCGUCGUCGACGGCUGCCAUCGCACGGACCGUGGCGGCGGCGUCUGUGACGUGCACCGCAAGAACAAAGCGUGCUCCGUCGGUGGCUGCAUGCGGCUCUCGCGCCUGCACGGUCUGUGCCCCGGCCACGUCAAGCACGCCGAAGCCGUGGCCAAGACAUCGUAA